GGGGGGAGAGAGAGAGAGAGAGAGAGAGAGAGAGAGAGAGAGAAUGGCUUGGAGGAGCAGUAGAUGCAAAUGGGUCACCAUCCUCAUGCUUACGCUCGCUGCAGCAGCUGUCGGCAAAGACGGCGGAGCUCCGGCGGUCGAGGACGGACUAGUCGUGAACGGCGAUUUCGAAACGACGCCGUCCACUGGCUUCCCGGACGACGACGGGGUCGUCGAUGGUCCGAAUGGAAUCCCGAGCUGGAGGUCCAACGGCACGGUCGAGCUCGUCCGGUCCGGUCAAAAACAAGGCGGGAUGAUCUUAAUCGUGCCGCAGGGCCGCCACGCCGUCCGGCUCGGCAACGACGCCGAGAUCAGCCAGGACCUUACGGUCGAGAAGGGCUCGGUCUAUUCCGUCACGUUCAGCGCCGCCCGGACGUGUGCCCAGCUGGAGUCGCUGAACGUGUCGGUGUCCGGAGACGCGGAUGCGGACGCGGUGACCGCAUCGCAGAACAUAGACCUGCAAACGCUGUACAGCGUUGAGGGGUGGGACCCUUACGCGUUUGCGUUUGAGGCCCAGGAGGAGAAAGUGCGUUUGGCGUUUAGGAACCCGGGAAUGGAGGACGACCCCACUUGUGGGCCCAUCAUCGACGACAUCGCUGUCAAGAAACUCUUCACUCCUGAUAAGCCCAAAGAAAACGCAGUGAUAAAUGGAGAUUUUGAAGAAGGUCCAUGGAUGUUCAGGAACACGACUCUAGGCGUUCUUCUCCCGACAAACCUCGACGAAGAAACCUCGUCCCUCCCCGGCUGGACUGUCGAGUCUAACCGGGCGGUCCGGUUCAUCGACUCUGACCACUUCUCGGUCCCACAAGGCAAGCGAGCCAUCGAGCUUCUCUCGGGCAAAGAAGGCAUAAUCUCUCAGAUGGUCGAGACCAAACCGAACCAACCCUACACUCUCUCCUUCUCUCUCGGCCAUGCAGGCGACAAGUGCAAGGAACCCUUGGCCGUGAUGGCUUUCGCCGGGGAUCAAGCUCAGAACGUUCAUUACAUGGCUCAGUCCAACUCGAGCUUCCAGAGGGCGGAUUUGAAUUUCACGUCUAAGGCCGACAGGACGAGGAUCGCGUUCUACAGCGUUUAUUACAACACCAGGACCGAUGAUAUGAGCUCCUUGUGUGGGCCCGUGGUUGACGAUGUUAGGGUUUGGUUUUCGGGGACUACAAGAUUUGGGGUUUCGAGAGUCGGGUUCUUGGUUUUGGCACUUCUCGGGUUGGUUUUGGUGUAGGGUUUAGAGUUUAGGUUUAAUGUGUGUACCGUGUGGCCCAAGAAAGGUUUCGGCCGGCCGGGAAAUCUCCGGGGUUAUGUUGUUGUAUCGUAUGUCUAUGUAUCGGUUGAAAGCUUUUACUAUAAAUGAUAAAAGCAUUACGUCUUUUA